UUAACUCGUUUACUAUACGACUACAAUCGGCCCCUUUAUCAGCACUUCGAGGCGCACGACAUAUCGCCCACCCUAUAUGCCGCGCCCUGGUUUCUAACCCUAUUCGCCUCCCAGUUCUCCAUAUCAUUUGUCACGCGGCUAUUCGACAUACUAUUCCUGAUGGGCAUUGAGGCCAUAUUCCGUGUAUCGCUGGUCAUACUGGACAACCACACGGCCAGUAUAUUGCAGUGCGACUGCUUUGAAACAAUAAUGGAGUACUUGAAAGAGUCGGUGCCGGCGAUGGACACGGCGGCCAUUGAGGCUAUAUAUGACCGGGUGUUUGCGCUGUACGACAUUAGCGCACAGCUCCGGGUAUACGAAGUGGAGUACCGGGUGUUUCAGGAGGAGCUGUCUAUUAUAUCAGCGGCCAAUAGUCGGCCAGCGGUGACGGGUAGCCCGAGUCGGGCCGGUAGUAUCACUGGUGGCCAUAAGGCUAAACAUAGCCAACAGUCUCAACACAUGGAGACGACGGACAGGGAGGCUGUCGAGGAGCUGACGGCUCGGUGCCAGGAAUGGCAGUCGAAGUGCGCUCAGGCGGACGCCCAGUGCGACGGCUAUCAGAGCACAAUCCGACGGCUGGAGCAGCGGCUCAGGGCUUGCGAGGACGAGAAGGACGCACUCGUACACAGUGUUAACGCAUUGCAAAAACGCAAUGAAAAGCUCGAGCGGCUGCACAAUGAGAGCCAGGAGCCCAAUGAUGACGGUAUUAAAAACAAGUCCAGAUCGGAUCGGUUUAGCCUGAGUUCGGCGCCGGUAUUUAGCAUCAGCCGGGCGUCGGAGAGUCAGUCGGCCGACGGCCAGUCGUCGGCGGCUGAGGCCAACGGGUCGUCGGACGGACACGACUACGACGGCGACGAUCUGGCCGUAGACGAGGACGACAUUGAUAUUAACGAAUCGGACAGCGAUUGCGGCGCCGAUAAGGACUCGGAUGACAGACACCCCGUGCCCUUUGACCGCACGCAAAGCGAUACAAGCAAUUUGAGUAUCUAA